AGACAUUUUCCGAAUAGUGAAUGAAAAAAAAAAAAAAAAAAUCGAUGAAAUGAGGGAGAAGAAAAGAGCAUAGCCAUAAACACAAAGUAGCUCCACGUAACUACUCUUCUCUCAACUCAUCAUCGUCCAUGGCGGUUUCAGGGUUGAGAAGUAGCUGUGGUUUACCAUUGGUUCAUCAUCACAAUCAUCUUCGUUUCUCUUCUUCCUUCACGAACCUCAAUCUUCAUUCUAAGUCAAAGCGUUUCACUCUCUUUGCUCGUUAUGCUCAAACUCAGGACCUUUUCUCUUCUCGUCGAUUCCAAGAUAGUAUCGAAAAGCUACCUAAGCUUGUAGAGGACAUUGUCCAGACAUCUGUGGAUACUGGUCCUCGGGGUGUACUUAGAUUGGCUCAAGGUGUUCAAGCCUUCCUUGGGGUCGGUCAAGAGUGGUUAACGGAUGUAUCGAAGUCAACAAACUCAUCUGCUGGAUUACCGACAGAAUUGCAGCUUGGUCUGCUGUCCCCCUUAUAUUUGAGGAGGUUGUUUGAACGUCUGGGGGCAACCUACAUCAAAUUAGGACAGUUCAUAGCAUCCGCACCAACACUAUUUCCAGCUGAGUAUGUACAAGAGUUCCAGAAUUGUUUUGAUAGAGCUCCUCCAGUUCCUUUUGAGGUAAUUCAAUCAAUAUUGAGCAAGGAAUUAGGAAGACCAAUAGAAAGUGUGUACGAAUAUGUUGACCCAACACCACUUGCUUCCGCUUCUAUAGCACAGGUUCAUGGUGCAAGGCUAAAAGGCUCACAGGAAGAUGUGGUUAUAAAGGUCUUAAAACCAGGAAUAGAGGACAUAUUAGUAGCAGAUCUUAAUUUUGUUUACGUUGUUGCUCGGAUAUUGGAGUUCUUGAAUCCUGAAAUAAGUCGAACGUCACUGGUUGGUAUCGUCAAAGACAUACGAGAGUCUAUGCUUGAAGAAGUUGACUUUUACAAGGAGGCUGCAAAUAUUGAAGCUUUCAGGAGAUAUUUAGAAGCAACGGGGCUCACUAGGCAAGCUACAGCUCCAAAAGUGUAUCAAAACUGCAGUACGCGGCAAGUUCUAACCAUGCAAAGACUAUAUGGUGUUCCUCUUACUGACCUAGACUCAAUUAGGUCAUUAGUUACUAGCCCAGAAGCCAGCCUUAUAACUGCUCUCAAUGUGUGGUUUGGAAGUUUGCUUGCAUGUGAAUCUUUUCAUGCAGAUGUGCAUGCUGGGAAUCUGUGGCUUCUACGUGAUGGCCGUAUUGGAUUUCUUGACUUUGGAAUUGUUGGUCGUAUAUCUCCCAAAACAUGGGCUGCUAUGGAAGUCUUCUUAGGAUCAAUUGCCAUCGAAGAUUAUGAUUCAAUGGCAUCUUCCUUAAUUCAAAUGGGUGCUACAAACAACGAUGUUAAUGCUAAGGCCUUUGCCAGAGAUUUGGAGAAAGUGUUCUCAUCAAUGAAGGAGUUGGACACUGAAAUAGUUGUAGCAACUAGAAGUGGAACAGCCAGAAAUCCAGCUGCUAUAUCUGCUAAUGUAGUUGUUGAUGAGAGGCAGAUGAAUGCCCUAUUUCUUGAUGUGGUUCAGGUUAGUGAAUCUUAUGGAUUGAAGUUUCCUCGAGAAUUUGCGCUUCUUCUGAAGCAGCUCUUGUAUUUUGACCGGUACACACGGUUGUUGGCUCCCAAUUUGAACAUGCUUCAGGAUCAGAGGAUUUCUAUUGCUUCCAAUAGAAGAAGCAACUAUACAUAGAGUUUUUAAUAAGUCAGUAUACAAGUGUAAAGAUUGCACUGGAUUUAGGCUCAAAAUAUUAUAUCUGUAUUGUUACUUCUGUGUAGAUAAAUAUAUAAAUGAAAUCAAAUAAGCCAUUGUUGUCCUGUAA